CAAACCAACCACACCAAACACCAAAAAUGCAUAAGCUAUCCACAUUGCUCUUUUCUCUCACUCUCUCCAUCCUCCUCUUUGUCUCCAAUGCCUCCGUGCAGGACUUCUGCGUGGCCGACCUGACCCUCCCGGCCGGCCCCGCAGGCUACUCCUGCAAGAGCGCCGCCAAAGUCACCACCGCCGACUUCGUCUUCACGGGGCUCCGCAAGGCCGGCAACACCACCAACAUCAUCAGCGCUGCAGUCACGCCCGCCUUCGACGCCCAGUACCCAGGCCUCAACGGCCUCGGCCUCUCCAUCGCCCGCCUCGACCUCGCCCCCGGCGGCGUCGUCCCCUUCCACACCCACCCCGGCGCCUCCGAGCUCCUCCUCGUCGUGCAGGGGACCAUCGUCGCCGGCUUCGUGUCCUCGUUCUCCAACCAGGUCUACGUCAAGAAGCUCGUCAAGGGGGACCUGAUGAUUUUCCCGCAGGGCUUGCUGCAUUUCCAGAUCAACGGCGGGGGGAGGACGGCCGUGGCGUUUGCGAGCUUUGGGAGCGCGAACCCCGGGUUGCAGAUCACGGACUAUGCGCUUUUCGCGAACAAUUUGCCGUCGGUGUUGGUGGAGAAGACCACGUUUCUUGACGACGCGCAGGUGAAGAAGCUCAAGUCUGUGCUCGGUGGGAGAGGAUGAUGACCUUGUUUCUCACUCAUAUUUUUAUUUUAAAUUUUUUGUUGAUUUAAUUUGGGGGCUGAAUUGUUGCAUUGUUUACUUGUGUUUUGGUUUUGCAAUGAAUUGUAAUGUGUAAAAUUAUUGACAAUCUAGUUUACGUA